ACGCAGCCUGCAACAUGAGCGCUGUCACACCCUUCCCCUCCAGAGGACCUGGGCAAGCUUCCCAGUCUGCGGAGCAUGCGACAGACAGCACGCUCUACGGCGAGAACAAGGAUUCCAUUUGCUGUUCACACAUGAAACCGAGGGGAAGCUGUACUCCCUAAUUUUACACGUUUAAUAACAUUUGAGAAACGGGACUCAGGUCACCAAGAUGAAAGCCCUCAUCUUUGUAGCUGCUGGAGUCAUGCUUCUGUCGCCCACUUUUUGUCAAAGCGGCAUGGCAAAUGACUUCCACAACUUGGCAAAACCAACCUUACCUAUUAAGACCUUCCGUGGGGUUCCCCCAAAUUCUUUUGAAGAAUUCCCCCUUUCUGCCAUAGAAGGCUGGACAGGAACUACCACAACUGUAAAAAUUAACUGCCCAGAAGAAAGGGUUUCAAAUCUCCACGUGAAUAAUGCUACCAUGGGGUACCUGAGCAGCUCCUUAAGUACCAAACUGAUACCAGCCAUCUACAUCCUGGUGUUUGUAGUAGGUGUGCCAGCCAAUGCAGUGACCCUGUGGAUGCUCCUCUUCAGGACCAGAUCCAUCUGUAUGAACAUCUUCUACACCAACCUGGCCACGGCAGACUUUCUUUUUUGCAUCACACUGCCCUUUAAGAUAGCUUACCACCUCAAUGGGAACAACUGGGUAUUUGGAGAGGUGAUGUGCCGGGCCACCACAGUCAUCUUCUAUGGCAACAUGUACUGCUCCAUUCUGCUCCUCGCCUGCAUUAGUAUCAGCCGCUACCUAGCCAUUGUCCAUCCUUUCACAUACCGAGGUCUGCCCAAGCGUACCUACACCUUGCUGACAUGUGGACUGGUGUGGGCAACGGUUUUCUUAUACAUGCUGCCAUUCUUCAUCCUGAAGCAGGAAUAUUACCUUGUCCAGCAGGACAUCACCACUUGCCAUGAUGUCCACAACACAUGCGAGUCCUCAUCACCCUUCCAACUCUACUACUUCAUAUCCUUGGCAUUCUUUGGAUUCUUAAUUCCCUUUGUGGUCAUUAUCUACUGCUACACAGCCAUCAUUCGGACGCUUAAUGCAUAUGAUCACAGAUGGUUGUGGUAUGUUAAAGCGAGUCUCCUCAUUCUUUUGAUUUUCACCAUUUGCUUUGCUCCAAGCAAUAUUAUACUCAUUAUUCACCACGCUAACUACUACUACAACAAUACUGAUGGCUUAUAUUUUGUCUAUCUCAUAGCUUUGUGCCUUGGGAGCCUGAAUAGUUGCCUAGAUCCACUCCUUUAUUUUCUUAUGUCAAAAAUCAGAGAUCACUCCACUGUUUACCUUACAAUGGUGAAAUCACCUUAGAGAACAAGGAAUGCCAUCUGUGAAAACACACCUUCUUGGGACGAUAUAUGCCGAGUGCAAAGGGUUCUACCCUCUAACUCCAUUCUUGAGCUCCUAAGAAAUACUGCCUCAAAAUAAAACACUACAAAAGCA